AUGUACCCCGACGCCCGAAACUCUCCCUCCAAGGGAAAAGCGAAACAAGCUGAUGCACAAAACUGGCACUCCCACUGGUGGGAUUUUCAUCCACUAGCAGAUCAUCUCCAAAGACCCGUCGCGUGGUCCAAUGCUUCAACCAUAUUCACUCCCCAUCCCUCUCAGCCCUUAAUACUCGGAAGAUUCUUUUCUUCCUCAAAGCAGUUUCUCGUCACAUCUCCCGAUCAAAUAUUGAACAAUCCUGCUGCUUAUGAACCUCCAAAUGUUAUCACAGUUUCAUCCAAUGACCAUUGGUUAUUCGCAUACUUUCCAGGCCGCGACUGUGACGGCGUCGGAUGUCUGUGGCAACGUGGAUACACUAUUGACAAGUGGAAUAUCAGAGACUACUGGGCUUGCGAACGAGGCGCUGGUAUAAUCAACGCUGUGUUCGUCGGCGCUGAACGCGAGUGGGUCACAUGCCCAGAUGGUUCCACCACCCGCUUGGCUCAAUGCGGGCCUCUGACCCCUGUGUCUAACCCCACUCUACUCACAGUAACCCAGGCUCACCAGUUAAAUGUCUACUUCCUGCGGACUUAUGCAUCAGGUGUAAAAUCUUUGACCUGUUCCCUUGUACAGCCAUGCUAUACUGCUGAGAACAUUAGUCAAACUUCCAGGCUCUGCAGUGCGGCUUCGUUUGGCUUUAUUUAUCAUGAGUCUGUGUUUAUGGUUGCCAUGCGAUCCCGACGCUAUCCGUUAUCAGAUACCCUAAGAGCAGCAUCUGAUAGCUCCCAUGAUCUCGGACUUCCUCUUGAUAUGCCCACGGAUAAUGAACUGGACGAGCGCCCACCAUUAUUGGAUUGGAAUUCUUACCAAGAAGAGCAAACGAUCGAGCUUUGUGAAGUGAAACUACGUUUCGAUGGCUCGUGCAUGUUCAUCAUCACCGCACCUCUCUCGCCCAUCUACCAUCCCGGGCCUUACCUGACCAACUUUCUGUUUAUCUCGGUACCUGGGUCUAAACCAGAUACCCUCACUUCACCCAAAGCAUCGCCAAUGAAGGACAAGCAACCCCAACGUGGUCAGCUAGAAUUGCCUACAACAUAUCUAGUCGCAUCAUUCUUGGAUUUCGAGGAAUAUGCGUCGCUGCCAAAGUCUCGCAUAGUUGCAUAUUCAAUAGUCAGGGUCGUUCCUCCAAAUGGAAAAAUUCCUUGGACUGCUCGGCUUGUGGGAGAUCGGACUCUCUCUCCUCGCAUUCUUACAGUUGCUACCCCUGGCUCUUUAUCAGUCGCAAUGAGAAAGGCAACAGUAGUUGUUGCAAUGACCAAUCCAGGGGGAUCGUUGGCACGAGGCGCGGCCAAACUGAAAGAAGUCCCUGUAGGCAGUCUCGUCGCCUUGCAACUACCAGACCUCUCCGAUGAUCCCGAUUGCGAUCAUCCAAGUAUUCUUGCACCUGUUAAUAGAACGAGCAGCGAUUGCCCCCUGAGUAUAUCUACGUCGCCUAACAAAUUGCUCGCAUGUGCAGUUUCGAUGUUGCAGACUUCCGUUUACACUCUUCCAAGGACACGGAUCACUUCAGGAUCAAAAGACACCCUACAUCAGUUGCCGCUCGCACAAGCCCUGAUCAUUGCACUUCAAUCUCGAAGAUCGACAGCAGAUAUCUCUCACAUUCUAUCUCUACCAAGUACUCCAGCCACGAUGCUGCACGAUACGCUAUUUGGUACGUUGACCUCUUAUGAGGUGAAUGCCCGUCUUGGCAAUGCGAACUCGUUUUCGAUCGUCGAAGUGAUGGGAGCAGCUGUUGAGAUCUAUAGAGGGAGGGCACGUUGGACGCAGAACGAAGACGAGAAAGGCAGAUAUUUGAUGCUCUCGCGAAACGCUCUAAAUGUGUGUUCGGUGUCUGCUUGUUUUUCUGCUUUUGAAGACUGCAAAGAACCCGUCUGGCAGUUAAUCAGCCUGUCAACUUGGGUUGUGGCUUUCUUGGAGGAUCUCAUGAAGGAAUGUGUCUUCCUGGCUGACCUAGCUGACCCGACUCCAAACAUGAGCCUAAACUCUAACGAACAAGCCACGAACCAAUCACCUCAUUCAGUGUCGCUGGACACACCGAUACUUCUCCAUCUAGUCCAUCCACUUGCUCUUACAAAUCUUAGGGCCGUGGUUUUUCACGUCAGCUCUUUUCACCAAUAUUUGGCCUCGAUGACGGCAAAACGGGAGAAUUCGCAGUUCGCGAGGGAUAUCAUGCUGGACCUCGUCAGUUCAUCUGGCUUGGACCUGAAAGUACUCGAAGACAUUCUCAGCUCUGCGAUCCCUGAGGCGAGUGCAAUUCCAGACAGACCUCGUUUGUUCAUCAAGUCAUCUGAUCUGGUCGACGGGUUUGCGAAUCUGUCAGCAUCAGAUCGACCUGUGGGAGAUGAUCCGGGGAUGGACGUGGUGACGAAGGGAAGGCUUUUGACACAGAAAGCUGGGCUGCUUUGUUUGAGGUGCGGUGGACGAUCACAGGUCGGAGGUGAGGUGAUGGUUGCGGGACGUUCAUCUCCGAGAUGGAAGACUUGGGAAAGGAUGUGGGCGGCGAGGUGCAUCUGUGGGGGAUCUUGGGUAAGCGGAAAUAUUUAG